AUGGGCGAGUUACCCCCCGAACGCGUUACGCCUGCCUUUACUUUUCUUCGCACUGGGGUGGAUUAUUGUGGACCAGUCCAGUACCGAAUUGCACGGAAGGCAGCUCUCGUCAGAGGCUUCAUUGCUAUAUUUGUUUGCCUAGUAACAAAAGCGGUUCAUAUAGAAUGCGUCGCUGAUCUUUCGACUAGCUCGUUCAUAGCUGCACUUAAAAGAUUUGUAGCUCGCAGAGGGAAGCCUGAACUCAUCCAGUGUGAUAACGCCACUAACUUCAAGGGAGCCAAACGAGAGCUCACCGAACUAGCCCAUUUGUUUCAAUCGCAGUUGCAUCAGGAGAUGGUCACUCGCCACUGCAGUGAAGAUGGGAUUACUUUCAAAUUCAUCCCACCAAGAUCGCCGAAUUUUGGAGGACUCUGGGAGGCUGCCGUCAAAUCUUUAAAGAAACACCUGCGCUGUACUAUUGGCAACGUAAUCCUCUACCACGAUGAAUUUUUGACACUGAUAACUCAGAUAGAAAGCUGCUUAAACUCUCGCCCACUUACGCAACUCAGCUCCGAUCCUAACGAUUUAGAGGUACUCACUCCCGGGCAUUUUCUUGCCAACCGCGCUCUGACAGCCAUCCCAGAGCCAAAUCUCGAAAACAUCCCACUGAAUCACUUAGAUAGAUGGCAACAAACUCAAGAAUAUGUUCGUCGAAUAUGGAAGCAGUGGCAGUCAGAAUAUCUUUCGGGACUGCAACCUCGUACUCGAUGGACGCAACGUCGGAACAACGUGUCGAUAGGAACCAUGGUGCUGGUAAAAGAGGACAAUCUACCACCCCUCAAGUGGAGAGUAGGUAGAGUGGUCAACUGUUUCAAGGGCGACGACGAUCAUAUCCGCGUAGUCACGGUCCGAACGAAGGACGGUGAAUUUCGACGAAGCAUCUCCAAGAUUUGCGUACUACCGAUUCAGCAAACUGGUGGGGAAGCCACUGACCAGUAA